AUGAGUCCGGAUAUUGAGGCCUCUCGCCGAAUUCACGAUGAAGUUGUUGCAGACGCUGGAAACGUGCUCACAGCAUUCGCCAGCACUCUUUCCCCGGCGCACCAUCUCCUCGCAUCGCCUUGGACGAGCAUAUUCGGGUUCACGAUCCUGGCGAUUGCCAAAUCCACCACCAUCGAAUUCCCCUGCCUCUCUUGCAGCUUCGGCCUCAGCAUCGAGUUCAACCGAGAGACCCAGAAGAACUUGCCCGGCUCGCAAGGCUAUGAUCCGUGGCGCACAGCACGGCACCUGACUGUAGGGAUAGUAGCCAGUAUUCCAUCGUAUGAAUGGUUCAUGUUUCUCCACCGCCGGUUCAACUUUGCCUCAAGCAUUGCCUCGCUUGCCACCAAGGUCGUUGUUCAACAGGCCGUCUUCACGCCCGUCUUCAACACCUACUUUUUCACUAUGCAAUCUCUGCUGUCAGGUGCAUCGAUUGAAGACACUCUGGUGCGCUUACAGCUUGCACUCCCGACAAGUAUCGCGAAUGGUGUCAAGGUGUGGACGGGUGUUGCUAUCGUCAGCUUUAUGUAUGUCCCGCCUCAAUUCCGAAGUGUGUUUUCCGGAUGUAUUGCAGUGGCUUGGCAGGCAUAUUUGAGCUGGAUGAAUCAAAAUGUCAGGAGUGCUCACUAG